CUCAAGUUGAAUGUUUUGAUUCAUUUAAAUCAGUUUUCAAUUUGUAGAUUUAGAUCUCAAUAAUUUGGAUGUUUCUUAAUUAUUUAUAUUAAUGUUAACAAGUGAUAAGACAAUUAUCUGUUGAAAUGUCUAAAGUAUCCAAAUAUGCAAAUUUACCGUACAUAGCCUGGGAUGAGCCUGAGGUUUAUGAAACACCUGAUUUACCUGAAGCUGACCAGGAGUUUAUCAAACGUAAUGUUGAUAUAGCCGAAGCUAUUGGAGGAGAUGAUACAAAUGAAUCUAUUCAAAUCAUCAACAUUGAUGCCAAGGCAUCGUUUGAGAAAUUCAGUUCUUCAGAGUGUGGAAAUUUAAUCAGUGAACCAACCACUGAAACUCCCUUACAACAAUAUCAAAGAUUAGAUGCUGAGGUUUCUGUAUUGGCUGACACAUUGGAUUAUAUUCAAAAGAGUCGAGAAGGCACAAGCCAAGAUUUUGGUGAUAUUUUGGCUGACAUAACUAAACUAGAGGCUAAGCUGAGAUCAUGUAAACUUACAAUUGAUGGAAUACCUUUAGAACUACAGUUGCAGCCAAGUGGUAUCAAAGCCAAUGAUAGUCAGGAAAAAGUGACAAAGAAAACUGAAGUGAAUUCUUUAACAAAGCUUUCUUCUCUUGAAAGUCGAAUUAAGAGACUGGAAAAUUUAUUAGAUCAUGAUGAUGAUCAGUUAACUUGUAUUUAUUACUAUACAAAUGAAAAAAGCUUGGGAUCGGCUGUUAGAUCAAUUAGCAGCAAAGUUUCACUAUUAGAUGGUAAUACAUUGGAUCAACUUGACCACAGAGUCUCUGCUCUAAUACAAAAAAUCAAUCAGCUGGCCGAUAAGAAAAGUUUCUUUGAAGAAUCUCAGAGUAAAAGUCGCAUAAAUGAGUUAUAUGAGAUGGUUUCCAAAGGUGAAAAAAGUACAUCAAUAUUGUAUGAAUUGGCUGCGAGAUUGAACAUCUUAGCUGAGAUUGAAGAGAAAGCUUUAAAUUUUACUUCAGCAUUGACCAUGAUGGAAAGGGCAACAGAAAGUAAUGAAAAAAAUCUACAGCAACUGAAAACCGAACUAUCUGCUUUGCAAUCUUCAUUCAAAAAUUUGGAACAGGACUUUGAAAAACGUAUGGCCAUGACUGAUAAAAGAAUUAAUGCUCUUAAAUAAACUAAGUUUGAUAAAAUUCAAAACAAUUAAAGUCAUAUUAAAUUUCUUUUAAUUACUUCAA